AUGCCUCUUGUCCAGUACUCCGAUAGCGAAAGCUCAAGCUCGGAUAGUCCUCAACCGGAUCAGACCCACAGUAAAAGCCAAACCUCCCAAGGAAUCAAAAGAAAGCAUAGUCCAACUUCACAUUCAAUUCUUCCAUCUCUGCCGGACAGCUUCCAUGACCUUUAUGCUUCCACAGCCAGAGUCAGUAACCGAGACGACCCUUCCCUGCACGCUGGACGUCAGAGGGUGACGCCUCACGUUCAGGGCAAUUGGCCUACUCAUGUCUACGUAGAGUGGUUUCCUUCGACAGAAUAUUCGAGCCGUCUCAGCAAUAUCUUGACUGUCCUUAGCGAUGCACAAAGUCUCCAAGAGCACCAAGUCCACAGUCUUCUGAAGAGUGAGCUUGGAGUAGAGCUGCCUCUCCAUAUCAGUCUCUCUAGGCCCAUUGUACUGCUCGCACAUCAACGACAGCCGUUCAUUGAUUCAUUGACCCGUGCCAUCAACAAGACAGGUUUAAGCCCAUUCGAGGUAGCCGUGGGAGGCUUGGAGUGGGUUGCCAACUAUGAGAAGACACGCUGGUUCUUGGUGCUCAAGCUGGAGAGACCGCCUCAAAAUGGUCUCAACAAGCUUCUUCACCUCUCAAAUCAGACGGUCACAGAUUUUGGACAGCCGCCACUCUAUACAGACUCGCUGCAAUCCUCCACUGAUGGCCGAAGUCGGAAACGGCAAGCGGGAAAUGGAAGCCGUUCAAAAGGGAUCACAGGAGCCGCCGCUUCGUCUUCCAUGACUCGUUCCGGACCACCAACUGAUAUCGAUAUGUCAUCGAGUUUUCAUAUCAGCAUCGGUUGGACAUUGGGUGCUCCUACCCAUGGUCUUAGGGAGAGGGUGAACGCGACUGGCAUUGACUUGCAAGCCAUCAAAGUCGACAUCAACACUGUCAAAGCUAAGAUAGGAAAUGGCAUCACAGCCAUAUCCCUAGCAACGAAGAUAGAUACUUCCAGAAGGAUGUUCUGA